CUAAGCCAAAAAUGUACCCAGUAGUGUAAAAAAGAAUAAACCGCCAGUUUAGUGAUACAUUGUAGUAAUAACAAGACAUAGGGGUGAAAACAACUGAGGAUAUACAUGUAGUAAAUUUGAUAAUGUAGACAGCCUAAAGAUGGUCAUAGAAAAUAAAGCAGAGUCUCUAGAUAAAGACAAUCGUUAUUUGAGAUUGAAGAACAGCCAAGGAAAGAGUGUCAGUAUUGUAAGAGAAGUCUAUAGGAGAGAAAAUAUACCAUGUCAGAGUAGUUUAUGUCUUGGAGUUUGCAAUGUGGGAAUAGAUGACUCUGAUUUGCUACCUUCCAAUGUGACACACUAUAUAAUCCCAGAUUGUCAAGUUGCCAGAGAAUACCUUGAAGUUUUUGAAGCACCAGAAAUUCAUGGAAUAAUUUUUACACAGACAGCUGAACACUGUAUACAGUAUGAAGGAAGCAAGAAUCAUCACAAUAGAUUUAAAAGAUUGGUAAAGGAUAAGACAAAAGGUGCUGUUAUAUUUCAUAAUGAAUUCCAGAAGUAUGCAUACUGUGAACGGGAAUCUGGAGAAUCAAACUCAGCUUGGCAGUCCAGAAGUACAUUCAAGGCUGCAGAAUGGUUCUUCAAUCAUCUAGCUGGUCAGUUACCAGUAGUCAUGGUGACAAAUGAUGAUAAGAUAAUAGAAGAGUAUGGAAGCAAGAUAAUCAAUGUACAUGUGAUGAAACUAGGAGAAUAUUUACAAACUUUCUGGAAGCAGGCUAACACAUCUUUAAUGGAUUUAUUUGAAUCUCUGACUGCAUCUGUCCAGAGUAAAACUAAAAAAAAGGGAUAUAGUGGAUACCUUCCCACAGAUGUACUUGAAGCAGGACUUAAAACUGGAAGAUAUAUUCAAGGUCAUAUGAAUGUCAACAAAAGUAAUGCCUCAGAAGAGGCCUUUGUUAGAAGGAAAAGAGAAGAAUCAAAAGAGGAUUCAGGAUCUGACAUUUUAAUCCAUGGUAUGUCCAGCAGAAACAGAGCUGUACAUGGGGAUGUUGUUGUUGUAGAAUUGUUACCAAGGUCAGAAUGGAAAGGAAGGUCAAACGUCAUCAAAGAAACCACAGAAUCAACAAGUGAAUCUAAGACGUCAAAAGAUGAUGAAGAAUCAGAAGACAAUGGUGAUAUCAUGCCCACUGGUUAUGUUGUGGGUAUAACACAGAGGAACUGGAGAGAAUAUGUGGCUGCCUUUGCUCAAGAUGAGAAAACAGGGCAGAAAGGAGGAAAAGUGCUUGUUAUCCCAUGGGAUUAUAGAAUCCCUAAGAUAAGAAUAAGCACAAGACAGGUUGAGAAGUUAAAGGAUGACAGAAUCAUUGUAAGAAUUGACUCAUGGGAUAUAGACUCACAAUAUCCAAAUGGACAUUUUAUAAGAAGUCUUGGUAAAAUUGGAGAACUGGAAACAGAGAUAUCUGCCAUUCUGAUAGAAAAUAACAUUAGUGUCCCACCAUUCUCAGAUGCUCAGAUGAAAGAAUUACCUGUAGACACACCUGAAAACCCUUGGAAGAUAGAAGAUGUAGAACUAAAGAAGAGAAGAGAUCUCCGUGAUAGCCAUUUGAUUUUCAGUAUAGAUCCCAAAGGCUGUGAAGAUGUCGAUGAUACAUUGUCAGUUCGUCAUUUAGAAAACGGUAAUAUUGAGUUAGGAGUCCACAUUGCUGAUGUUACCCACUUUGUAAAGCCAGGAUCUCUGACUGAUCAGGAGGCUAAGAAAAGAUCAACAACUGUUUACCUAGCAGAUAGAAGAUAUGAUAUGUUACCUGGGAUACUUAGUGCUAACCUGUGCUCACUAAUUAGUGGGGUAGACAGGUAUGCAGUGAGUGUUAUCUGGGAGUUAGAUUCAAAAUAUGAAGUAGUGGAUGUAUGGUAUGGGAAAACAAUUAUAAGAUCACAAUAUAAACUAUUUUAUGAGCUUGCUCAGUUAGUGCAUGAUGGAGCCUCCAAAGCUGAGAUUGUAGACAAUGUACCAGAACUUCAGGAUUUAUCAGGAGAACAGUUAGCAACAAAAAUAGAUGAGUUGGUAUUAGCUGUUAAUCAAUUGAUGACCAUAGCAAGGCAACUGAAGAGAAAGAGGGUCAGAGGAGGGGCAUUAGAACUAGAAAGUGUUGAAGUUCAAGUUCAGUUGUCUGAGACAAAAAGUGUGGAGGAUCUUACCCCAAAAGAUCAUAUGGAGAUACAUGAUACUAUAGCUGAAUGUAUGAUAUUUGCCAACCAUUGGGUCGCUAAGAAGAUAGCAGAAUCAUUUUCUCAGUGUGCAUUACUUAGACAUCACCCUUUACCAAGAGACAACCAAUUUGGAAAUUUGAAGAGCUGUGCUGAAGUGAAAGGAUUUGCAGUUGACAUCAAUUCUAAUAAAACAUUGGCAGAAUCAUUAGAUAAAUGUGUAGACCCUGCAGAUAGUAUUGUUAAUAAGUUAUUGAGAACACUGGCGACACAGGCCAUGUCCAAUGCAGCAUAUUUCUCAACAGGAUCUUUGCCUAAUGACCAGUUCUUCCAUUAUGGUCUUGCUUUAGACCUCUAUACUCAUUUUACAUCACCAAUCAGAAGAUAUGCAGAUGUUGUUGUUCACAGACAAUUGAUGGCUGCAGUUGAAGCAGCAGAUAAGCUAGAGAUACCAGGAAACAAAGAGUUGAGUGAAUUGAGUGAUCAUAUCAAUCAAAAACACAGGGCCUCACAGUAUGCCCAGAGAGAUUCACAAGAACUAUUCCAAUGUCUCUAUUUUAAAGGCAGAGAUUCCAAUGAUAAAUGUUGCAUUGUGGAUGCAGUCAUCUUUCAACUGAGGAAUAACGGUGUUUAUGUAUUUAUUCCAAGGUAUGGAAUUAAAGGACCUGUUUAUCUGAGGAGUAAAGAUGGACAAGUGAUUCAUGUACAACCUGGGGUUGAACCAGAGUGGACAGGUGGCACUAUACAGAGAACUGACCACUCCAUUAUUGUCAACAAUAUGUAUGAUUCCCAGACUUAUACAUUACUUGACCAUAUCACUGUGAGAAUAUCAUUAAAAGAUUCCAGAGCUCACUCACUUUCUGUCAGACUGGAGUUAUUGUAUAACACACCACAUAUAUCACUUUCUCAACAGGAUGAAAUGGCAAAAAAACAAAAAGCAGCAAUCAUCAAGGAAGUAUCUGAAGCAGCAGAAGAAAGUCGCUUAGCCAUAUUGUCAAAUGACCUUGGAGCCAAUUUUGACAAAUUGAAAGAAGAAUAUGGACAGACGUCUGCCAAGCACAGUUUAUAUCAUAUGUUUGAAUCUUUUAAGGAAACAGCCUUAAAAACUUCAUGACCAAUAUUAAUAUAUGGAAA